AUUUUAGGCUUCGCAUAACAGAAUACACUACCGAGUACAUAACAGAAUACAGACUACAAUUUUUAGAAUACGCCGAUCAGUAUGUUCACCGCGUUUUCGGUCGGUUGAUGUUUGACGUUUUGUUUGGCACUGCUUCGCGUCACGUAGACCUCUAACGUCGUGCCGUAAACAUUAACCACGACAAAAAAGCCGGCUUUGUAUGACCAGUGUUCGAUAAUUAACAGUAUAUUAUAUUAAUAACACUGCACGAGCCAUAUACUGUGGCUGUGUACGUCCUUAUAUGUAAAUAGAGGAGAACUACGAAUAACGACCCCGAGACAUCACGUCGUCGCGGCCAGUAAUGUCGGACGACAGCAACAGUUGUACUGGUGGUUUGACAACGCGGAGCCUGCGAACUCGUAAAGAAAAGAAAACAUACUCGGAAGAUUGGGCUUAUGGUGAUGAAGAGGAAAUUGAAGGGGUGCGAUCAUUUAGCCUCCAUGAUAAACUUGAUUCUGACAGAUAUACUCAUUCAAAUUUUGUCAAACAAAUGGAUGGAAAAGAUUUUACAAUUUCAUACUUACAAAAACAUGGCUUUGUAAUACCACUAUUAUUUAAAGAUAAAACGGGUCUUGGAUUACAUGUACCCAGUCAAAAUUUCUCAGUUAAUGAUGUUCGUACAUGUGUUGGAUCCAGAAGAUUAUUAGAUGUUAUGGAUGUUAACACUCAAAAAAAUUUUGAAAUGACAAUGAAAGAAUGGACAAAAUAUUAUGAAGAUCCAGAAAAAGAUAAAUUAUUAAAUGUCAUUUCUCUAGAAUUUAGUCAUACAAAACUAGAAAAUUACAUUAAACGUCCAAAUAUUGUUCGAGAGUUAGAUUGGGUGGAUUGUGUAUGGCCUAAACAUUUAAAAGAAAGUCAAACAGAAUCAACAAAUGUAUUAGAUGAGAUGAUGUAUCCUAAAGUACAAAAAUAUUGCUUAAUGUCUGUUAAAGGUUGUUAUACUGAUUUUCAUAUUGAUUUUGGUGGUACAUCUGUAUGGUAUCAUAUUUUACGUGGUGCAAAGGUUUUUUGGCUUAUACCACCUACAGAACAAAAUAUGAAAUUAUAUGAGCAGUGGAUAUUAUCUGGAAAACAGGGAGAUAUAUUUUUUGGCGACACUGUUGAACAAUGUGGUCGUGUAUCAUUAAGUGCAGGUGAUACAUUCUUUAUACCUACUGGUUGGAUACAUGCUGUUUAUACACCAAAAGACUCACUAGUGUUUGGUGGUAACUUUUUACAUUCAUUUGGGAUAGAAAAACAAUUAAGAGUAGCUGAAGUAGAGGAAUCCACUAAGGUUCCACAAAAAUUUAGGUACCCGUUUUUUACUGAAAUGUUAUGGUAUGUUUUGGAACGUUAUGUUUAUUGUGAUUUAGGAAAGUCCCACUUGACUGAAGGUGCUGAAACUACUCCGCCUCCAGUUGAACAUGUUCAUUUUACUAAACAAGAACUUCAUGGGAUUAAAGCUAUAGUGAAAUAUUUACACAUUUUGCCUCCUAAUAAAAAAAAUGUACCACCUUUAAUAAAAGAUGCAAUUGAAUUAAUUAGAAAUGUUGCUAUUGUUAUUAAUAAACAUAAAAAUGAUCGACCAGAAGAUGCCAUUACUGGUAAACCAAUUCUGAAAAUGCAAGGAGAUAAGGAAAGAGAAAGAAGGUUCUAUAAAACUUCUGGUGAUAUGAAUGCUAAACUGAAAACAUCUCGUAAAUCAGGAGGAGCAGCAUCUACUGCUACUGGUCCAAGAAGAAGACGUACUAGAUGUAAAAAGUGUGAGGCUUGUAAACAAGCUGAUUGUGGUGAAUGUUCAUUUUGUAAAGACAUGGUUAAAUUUGGGGGACCAGGUAGAGCUAAGCAGACAUGUGUUAUGCGUCAGUGUUUACAGCCAAUGUUACCUAUUACUGCGGCAUGUUCAAUAUGUUCCUUGGAUGGUUGGGGUCAGCAAAUCGUACUUCCUAUUCAAAAGGCAGCCAAAGAAACACCUAGCAACCUAAUGGAGUGUAGUGUUUGCUUUGAAAUCGUUCAUCCUGAUUGUUUAUUAAGACAAUCUGUAUAUUCUAAUAAUGGAACAUAUAAUGAGGAUCUUCCUAAUAGUUGGGAAUGCCCAAAAUGCUGUAAAGAAGGGAAAAACUUGGAAAGCAAACCUCGACAUUUCCGUGCAAGACAAAAGUCAUCAGAUAUAAGAAGGACUUCUGUUAGUAGUAAUGAUGCAAUUGUACAAAAACGUUUUAAAGAAGAAGAAGAAUUUUCGGGAUCAAACUCUGAAAGUGAUUUAGAUUCACUUAGUCCUGCUAAGAGACUGAAAAUUGAAAAGAAAGAAAAUGUUUCUGUAGAACGUUCUCCACCAUUGCCUUUAACGGAUGCUAAACGACAGGGCACGCCAGAGAAUGACAAAAGUGACAUUGAAAAUAAAACGCCUCACAAAAAAUUUAGAAGAAAUUUAGCUGAAAAAACCCUUUCCUCGUCAUCAACAUCAAGUGAACCUGGUACUAGUGGAAAAUUUGAUAGUUUGGAUAAUCAAUUAUGCAAGCAAAUCAAAUUAGAGCCGGAAUUGAACUUAAUGGAAGCUUUCAAUCAAUCAAUCAAACAAGAAAAUACUUCCGAAGGCGAACGCAUAUUUGGUUCACCGACAAAAAUAGUUGCCGAUUCUAGUUUUACAGUGAAACGUGAGAAAAUGUCACCAAUUCAUAUGUCCGAGUACAUUCCGGAAACGAGAGAAAUGUUAGGGCCCUUGCCGGCUAAUAUUAAAAUCGAAGAAGAAAUAAAAAGUAAUGAACCAAAUGUGACGCAAAACAUUGACAUGCCGAUUGAUGAAAUCCUUUCGAAUUCAAAAAAGUGUAAUCAUAUGCCCAAGUACGUCGUUCGGCCAGUACCCAAACUCGAAUCUGAUGAACUUAACAAAGAUCCUAAAAAUCGAGCAGCUGCUUUAGUUCCCGUGUUCAAAUUUCUGUCCGCUGAUGAUCUUAAACAAUGUUCUCUAGUUUGUAAAGACUGGUACACGGCAACGAUUAAUCCGAGUCUCUGGAAUCGAAUGGAUCUCACUGAGACUGUCAUCACGUCUAAGCUUGUCAAAUACAUAAUGGUUCGACAGCCAAAAGUAUUGAUAUUAGAUUGGUGUAAAAUAACAAAAGAACAGCUAUUGUGGCUUCUUGUCAGACUUCCACAGAGCAAAGCUCUAUCUCUGCAAGGCUGUCCUUUAUCAACCGUUACUUGUUUACGUUCGUGUGUAUGUCCUAUGUUGACGUCGUUAAAUCUGAGUUUUGUUCCUGCGCUUGAUGAUGCAGCUCUACAGUAUAUCUUAUCGCCUCCACUAGACCAUCGGCCUGGCUUAGUCGAUCUGACUUGUCGUUUGUCCAAUCUUAAAUCAUUGAAACUUGCCGGCGGUUAUAUUACGGAUGCUGGAUUAAAAACCAUCGUAAAAGUAUUACCGAACCUUUCCAUGUUAGACUUGUCUCAAUGCUAUCCCAUUACCGAUGAGGGUGUAGAGACUCUUACACAAAUUAGUGGUUUGUCAACAUUGCAACUCUCUGGGUGCACUGGAAUUACUGAAGUGUCCUUGAAGCAUUUAGCCAAAUGUGAAGGUCUUACGUAUUUAGACGUAAGACACACAAAGUUGACAAAGAAUGCUGUCAAUAAAUUCGUGGCCACCAGAGAGGGUUUCAGAGUUUUCGACGGUAAACUUCUUGUUAAACUAGAAAAAUCCUGAUAUCAACUUAAUACCAAGUUAUUGGAUUUCGGAUUUUAACCCAACUGUUGUGUAUGCUGUAUAUAUAAUAUUUUAUAAAUAAAAAGUAUGAAAACUAUGAUGCAUCAAUGUUGUUUCAUUUUUUAUAUGAAUAAAAUUGUUAACACUAUUAUAGCUCUAUAUACACGUAAAU